UUGUUGUAUUUAGUUACCGUUUAAGUGUUAAAAAGACUAGAAACAUGUUAACGAAAUAGUGUAAAUAGAAGAAAGUGUUUUAGAGAAUACGACCGCACUACUACAACUGGAACUGGUUUUAGUUGACAUAGAAAGCAAUUGAAUUCAAGUUUAAACAAUGUUUUAAAUGUCAAGGAUACUAUGAGAUUAUAAAAGAGUGCCAGUAUGGUACGAAAAAAUGAAAUAUUUGGUAUAGCCAUAGUAGCGAUAUUAUGCCUACUCCUAAUAGGUUUCAGUCAAAAAGACACUCCGAAUUACCACAGGCCCAUAAGAUAUCAACAACUACUGGAUUUAGAGGAAACGUUCAAAAUCUCAGGAAAUGUUACCACACCUACACCGUCGAUACAAGAUGUGAUUUCACAGCAACGAAACAUUAUCCUUCAGGAAUUAGAUGACUAUAAGUUUCCAGAGGGAGAUAACCUAGAAGAUUACACACUAAUCUCGGGUGGACAACCUGUAAGGACUGUCAUCAUAACGACAUGGCGGUCUGGUUCCACUUUUUUGGGAGACGUCAUAAAUGCUGUCCCGGGUAACUAUUAUCACUACGAGCCGCUGCUGGGUUAUGGGAUUAUGCAGAUCAGAGGGGCUCCUCAUUCUGAGUCUGCCCUUAGAACGCUUAAAAGCUUACUUAACUGUGAUUAUACAAACUUACACAAAUAUUUGCAAUAUGGCAUGAACCACGUUUAUUUAUUUACUCACAAUACGAGACUUUGGAACCAGUGCGAGAUGUAUCAACAGUACUGUUGGAACGCCUCGUUCUUGAAUGACUUCUGCAAACUGUUUCCGUUUCAGUCGAUGAAAACUGUAAGACUGAGGCUGUGGCUUGCGGAAGACCUCCUGAAGGACGAAGAGCUGAAUGUAAAAGUUGUACUGUUGGUGCGUGAUCCGAGGGGCACUCUGCAAUCUCGGAAACACAGAGAUUGGUGUCCCGGAGAACCUGACUGUGACCAGCCGAACAAUUUGUGUGCUGACAUGGUGUCCGACUAUAGUGCAGCCAUCCAACUUAAAAAAAGAUAUCCUGACCGAUUUCGGGCGAUACGCUACGAAGACCUGUCACUAAAACCCUACGACCACAUUCGUGAUCUGUUCAACUUCCUAGGCCUAUAUUUUCAUAAGAACGUAGUGCAAUUCCUCGAUUCGCACACCAGAGUGAACGUCGGUGGAGUAUCGAGUACUUUUAGGGAUUCCAGAAGUGCCCCUUUCCAUUGGAAAAUGGACCUGAACUACACCGAGGUUCAGUUCAUUGAAGAAAACUGUGAUCAAGCCAUGAAACUAUGGGGGUAUGUUAGAUCUAAGAACUCUAGUACUUUGCGGGACUUGAAUCCAUUGACGGCGUACGAGAUUAAGUGAAUAAAAAAGAUCGUUCCUAUUUUCCAACAAACAAACCCUACUUUCAUCAUGAAUGAAAAUGUAUACGUGUUUUUGAAGUGUUCCUUUUUUUUCUUCGUAAUGUUUGGAACUUUUCACGUGGUCGCUCAAUUUUGAGUGAAAGUCCUAUGCAAUAAUAUUUCCAUGCAUAAUUUUCAAAUGCACGGUUUUAUAGAAUUGACUUUUGUAACCGGUAAUGUAGGGGACACAAAUCAAAGGCUACUUCAUGAGAUACGUUAGAGAGAUUCGAUUGUCAUCAUCAAAGUAUGAUAUAGCAUUUAAUUCUUUGAGAUAGGUUUAUGAUUUUUAUGUUUAUUUAAAUUAGUGUUUAGUUUUAGGACAAAAUGUGAUUUUAAAAGAUAUUAUUUAUAUUUAUGUAUUUAAAAACGGCAUCACAAGAAAAUAAGACCACAAAAAAAGACACUGCAGUAUUAUGUAAGUAUAAAUUUUUGAUAUUUUUCUUUAAAAUCUAAUUUAAAUUAAUAGCAUUAAAGAAUUUUAUAAACUUAAAUUACUUUAGUUGUUUGUGAAAAAGUGUAUGAACUUACCUUAUCAUGUAAGAAGCUCCAAAUUUGAUAAAAGAGUUAAAACAAAAAAGAGAAAUAUUAA